UUUUCCCAUCGUCUUCUGUUUUGAGAGGUUGUUUUUUGUUUUGUCGGCAUAAACAUGCAUGCAUGCAAAAACAUUUUAAUAGUGUAAUCAGUGUAAUAAUAAUUGUACAAAAUAAUAUGAAAGUGAAUGUUGUGAACAAAAUAAUAAAUUUUAAAAUAAUAAAAAAGUGAUAAGAAAAUAUUAAGGCAAAAAUCAAAAAAAUUGACAUCAUGGAAUCAGAUACGGAGAAAGCGAAAGAAGAUUUGGUACCUCGUGCGUACCAGGUAGAUCUUUUUGAGAAGGCAGUAAGAGAAAAUACAAUAAUUUAUCUUCCUACAGGUUCAGGAAAAACGUAUAUUGCCGUUCAAGUUGUGAAAAAAUUAUGUGGCGCUAUACAAGGUAAAUACAGCAAUGGAUCGAAGCGAACUAUUUUUAUAGUUAAUACAGUUCCACUGGUAUCGCAGCAAGCCGAUUAUCUUGCAAGACACACGGGUUUAAAUACCAAGGGUUUUAGCGGCGAUAUGCAAGUUGACUUUUGGGACAAUAAAAAAUGGUGGAGCGAAAUUGAGGACACACCGAUCCUCGUUAUGGUGGCACAAAUAUUUUUAGAUAUAAUUAAUCAUGGAGUCAUGUCCCUUGAUAGAGUCAAUUUGAUUAUAUUUGACGAAUGCCAUAGAGGCGUCAGCGACCAUCCCAUGCGGCAGAUUAUGCAAAGAUUCGAAAAAUGUCCUCUCGAAAGUCAACCAAGAGUGUUGGGAUUGUCGGCAACUUUACUUAACGCUAAUAUUAAAUUAGAUAAAAUUCAGGAAACAAUUCAGUCACUCGAAAUAACAUUUCACUCGAAAAUUGCUUCGAUUGAAUCUUUAGCAAUUGUUGCCGGAUUUUCAACAAAUCCCAGGGAAAAUUGUAUAAAGUACAAAGAAGAAAUUAGUGACACCACCAAAGUCGAUGAAAUUAUAAAUGAAAUGAAAAAAGUUUUGGAAAUCAUAAAGAUUCCGCAACCGUCGGAUAAUAAUUUUUCAACGCCUAUAUUCAAGCCAAAAACAAGAGCGGAGAAAUUGAUUAAUAUUUUAGUGGAUAUAAAGGAGAAUUUAAUAAAUACGGGAAUAUUUGGAGCAACUAAAGCUGUCUUAUUGCACAUGAUACAAAUGGAGAGUAUAAAAAGAACUUUUGCCGAACCACAAGGAAUAUUCGUCUUGGACUAUAUUUUGACAAACAUGAUGAAAUUGCGAAAAAUGUUCGACAUAGAAAUGGACGGAUUAUCGAUUAGAGAUCAAAUUUAUCAAUUCUCGUCGGAUAAAGUUAUAAAAUUGAUAGCGAUUCUAAAACAAUUCAACGACAAAAAAGAGGCUGAUAAAAAAUUUUGUGCCAUUAUCUUCGUUCAAAGACGCUUUACGGCACAAGUUCUGUAUCACAUUUUGAAAAGUCUUCAUCAAGAAAAUCAAGAAUAUGCAUUCUUGAAGCCUGAAUAUAUGGUAGGAUACAAUAAUGACCCUUACAAAAAUUCCAAAGAAAUUAUGUGUAUUUCUAAGUGGAAUCAGGACGUAUUAAGAAGAUUUCGUAAUCGUGAAUCGAAUUGCAUUGUGGCAACUGAUGUGGUGGACGAAGGUGUCGAUAUUCCACAGUGCAGUUUAAUUGUACGUUUCGAUUUGCCGAUGGAUUUUCGAUCCUAUAUCCAAAGUAAAGGCAGAGCACGUCAUUCGACGAGUCAAUACACAAUGCUUGUUCCAAAUGGAGAUACUAGAUUUGAAUCCAAAUACAUACAGUAUCAACAAACUGAAAAAUAUCUACAACAAAUACUUGUCGGUCGAACUGAUUUUCGCAUAGCGCCGAAUGCUGAAGAAAUUGAAAAAGAAUUAUAUACAUACAAACUCGAACCAUUUGUUCAUGUAAACAAAGAAGGUAAAGUUUGCGUUAUAACGGAGCAGUCAGCAAUCAGUUUAUUGAAUCGAUAUUGCGCUAAUUUGUAUAAAUGCAAAUUUAUCAGUUUAUCUCCUACUUGGACUUUACAUAAGAAUAAACCUUUAAAUGACAAUGUUGAGCAAUUAUAUCAGGUUUCACUCACUUUGCCAAUUGUUGCGCCAUUGAAAGAGAAAAUUGUUGGCGAUUGGAUGGAAUCAAUUGACGAUGCCAAACGCUCCGUAGCUUUAAAAGCGUGUAUUAAAUUAAAGGAAAUUGGCGAAUUAAAUGACAAUUUGAAUCCUGUUGAUCCUGAUGUUAUUCAGGAAAAUGUCACUUAUCUGUUUCCCAAUUGGAACGAAAAUGAUAAAUCUGAGGAUAAUGGCCUGCCAGGAACGUACAGCAGAAAGAGAAAACAUACUCUGAUUCAUCCAGAAGCUCUUUAUGGAGCAUUUCCUGUAGCUGAUAAGACAUUAUAUCUUCACAUCUUGAAAAUGACUCCAAAAUACUCAGAACCUUUGGACAAUCGACACCUUGUAUUUUAUAAUUUAUUGAAAGAAAAUGCAGGCUAUGGUUUGCUGACAACCACCGAGUUUCCUGAAUUGCCGAAUUUUCCAAUUUUUAUGAACGUUGGACCGUUGGAAGUUCACGUGGAAGUCAAUGUCAAACGAUUCACUUUAGAUAAGGAAAAAAUUGAGGAAUUGAAGAAUUUCCAUACAAUGGUAUUUCUCAAACUUUUAAAUAUUGUCCAUGAUUUUAUGGUUUUCGAUGUUAAUAAUUUAGAGAACAGUUUUGCCGUUGUCCCAGUGAACGUACAACGUGAAAUCGAUUGGAAUAUUGUCAAUAAAUAUCAGACAAUUGAAAAUAAAAUUCCACUCUCGCCCUUUGAAAUAAAUGAAGAUGAUUUUGAAUUGGCAUUGGUGAAACCAAAUUAUAGAGCAGCGCCGAAUAUUUAUAUUGUCACGAUGAUUUGCGACGAUAUAAGAGCAGACUCGAGUUUUCCUGAUAAUAAAUUUCGUUCCUAUGUGGAUUAUUACAGAGAGCAUUAUAGUGUUUCGAUAAUGAAUUCGAGACAACAUCUUCUGGAAGUUAAAUCAAUUUCAACGAAAAUUAAUUGCAUUGUUCCACGGAGUGCUCGCAGGAAGACGAAGGAAAACGUUGAUUUGACAGAGCAUCUCGUACCUGAACUGUGCGAUAUUAUAGAUUUUCCAGCACUCUACUGGUUAAAGGCCACGGCUCUUCCAUCGAUUCUUCAUCGGAUAUCGCAUCUUUUGACAGCAAACGAUCUUCGAAGAGAGAUUGAAAAAGAUAUUAAAUUACAAACUCCGAUUAAGAAAAAUCAACCACCUUUGAUAAUAACAGGCAUGGAGGUGGAGAAAAAAAAGGACAACUUGGAAAGUACGUUAGACGAGUCAUCGGAAAUGGAUGUCUCUGAUUUGCAGCCAGAAAUUGGUGGUCCAGAAAUUGAUGUUCUGAGCAUGGAAGCAGAAUAUCCUUGGCACAAGAGGGACGAACCUCCAGAUUUAGUGAGAGAUGCGGAUAUUAUACAAUUGAUUCAUAUCGAAACGUAUCAUAAAUUUAUGGGAAAACCAGAUAUUAGUAAUGUGAAAACUAUGUUGAAACCAAAGCAAAAUGUUUCUUAUAUUUCUCGGCCAGAUUUGCCAGUGCCAGUGAUAAAAAUGUUGUCAAAUGUAAAAUUUGAGGGACUAAAUACUGUCAUUUUAUUAAAGGCUCUAACCAGUAAGAUCAGUAACGACGCAUUCGAUCUCGAGCGAAUGGAAACAUUGGGCGAUUCAUUUCUAAAAUUCGCCGUUUCUCUAUUUUUGUAUGAAACAUUCAAGAGUUACAAUGAAGGUAAAUUAACAGCAUUAAAGGGAAAAUUAAUUGGCAAUCGAAAUUUAUUUUAUUGCGGUGAAAAUAAAGAUAUACCAGGACGAAUAAAAGUCGAGGACUUUAUUCCAAAUAGCAAUUUCAUUGCUCCUGCUUAUAGUGCAGAAAGAGCAGUUCAAGUAGUAUUGAUUGACAAUGAGAUAUCGGCGAAUGUUCUUUAUGAAUUGUUCAUACCGGACGAAGAGAAGAUCAGUGGUUAUAUUACUGAAUUAACAUUAGACGAAAUACAGACAAAAGUAUUGGCCUGGAGCGAUACUCCUUCGAAUUGUACGAUGGAACAAUUUUUGGGUAGACAAAAUGUGGCGGACAAAGUCGUUGCCGAUUCGGUGGAGUCAAUUAUUGGCGCUGGUCUUUGCACUCUGGGAACAGAAGGCGCUUUGAAUAUUCUCAAGUGGUUCCAAAUAAUUCCAUCGCAAUCGAAAGUUGAAUUAAAGAGCGUUCCAGUUUUCACGAUGUCAUUUAAUGAGAUUGCUUCUAAGGAAAUUAAUAGUCACAUGCCCUGGGCAAAUAUGAUUGAAACGAGAUUAAAUUAUAAAUUCAAAGAUCGAUCGUUACUUCUGCAGGCCCUUUCUCAUCCUUCGUAUUCGUCUAAUGGAAUAACACCAUGCUACCAAAGACUAGAAUUUCUUGGCGACGCUGUUUUAGAUUUUCUUAUUACCGUUUAUAUUUAUGAAUAUUGUGGCGAAUUGAGUCCUGGUGAACUUACGGAUUUACGAUCGGCACUUGUGAAUAAUAUAACAUUCGCCUGUGUAUCAGCGAGAUAUGGUUUACAUACAGCAUUAUUGUCGUACGUGCCAGUAUUACACGACAUGAUAAAUCGAUUCGUUAAAUUCCGAGAGGAUAAAAAACACACCGUUGAUGUUGAGUUACUAUGGAUUUUAUUAGAAGAAGAUGAGUGCAAUUUAGCUGAACACGUGGACGUGCCGAAAGCAAUGGGAGAUAUCUUUGAAUCGAUUAUCGGUGCCAUUUAUAUUGAUUCAGGAAAGGAUAUGAAAAAAGUUUGGGAAAUCGUAUAUACUAUGAUGUCCGAAGAAUUUGAACUUUUCUGUGCCGAUGUGCCUAAACAACCAGUACGAGUUAUCUAUGAGACGGGCGUUAGACCAAGAUUUUUGAAAGCCGUGAUGGUAGAAUCGACAGAAAGAGUAAUGAUUCCGUUGGAAAUCGUAGUAGAAGGAAAACCAAAAUUGUUCCACGGUUUUGGAGCAAAUAAAAAACAGGCAAAAUCAGCGGCAUCGAAACAAGCUUUAAAAUAUUAUCUGUCCAAAAAGAAAUCGAAAGAGAUUGAUGCAACUUGUUCAAUUCCAAUGUCCUCUUAAAAA